ACACAAUUCCUUGGUCUUCUGCGUCUACUGUGGUUACUGCACCUGUGGAGCGUUUUGCAUCAGGAAAGGCAGAAAGAUGCCAGUGUAUAUCCGGAAGCAUCCCCUGGAGAUUCCUCCACCAUCUGAAAAGGACUGGUUAAAGGACGACGAGGAAAAUUUCUUCCUGCAGGAUCCCGAUCAAAUGCUUGAUGUGUUGCCUCAGCCCUUCCGGAUGAUCAACAAACUGGUGAUGCUCGUUUUUGAGAAUGCUAUGGAAAUCAUUGAAAGAAGAGAGACACUCCAAGAAGCACAAAAAGUGAGGAUCCAGGCCACAAAAUGCUUUCCCACAGCUGAAUUCCAGGUGACAGGAAGAGCCAACUGCCUUGCAGUCUCUGGAAAAUACCUCUUUGUUGGGCUGUCUGUGGGUCUGGCUGUCUUCAAGGUGUCUGACUGUAAACAAGCCUGUGCUUGGGAUGCAGCCAAGACAGAGGUUUGUGCCAUCCAUGCCUCGGACUUAGGGAAUGAGCACCAUGCCCUGCUUGCUGUGGAUGAAAUGGGGCUUGUCUGGCUCUUCUGCUUUCACAAGGACAGCUUCUUAUUCAUUAAAAACUUAAAUGAAAUGGAGGACAUCAGCAAGCGAAGUACUUGUGUGGAGGUGGUGCUUUCCCAGGGAGGUGAUUACGCAGGAGUUCUGCUGCAAGGCAGCACAGAAGCUUGGCUGGAGAUCUACCAGUUGCCUAAGGAUUCCUGGCUGAAGGAGAGAGAAAAUAGCCCAGGAGCUGCAGCAGAGUUGGCUUUCAGGGAGAGGAAGUCAAGUCAGACAUCUAUGAAAAGUCUGGAGCUGUAUGGAGAGCGUUCUGCAGAGAUGGAGUCUGUGUCUGCAAACAAAGCUGAUGCAAAGCUGGCUCUCCCAGUGUUGCUGCUGAAAGUCAAGCCACCGAAACCUAUUACAGGAAGUAUUUUUAAAAGCCCUUUGGAUGCCUUGAUGAAAGUGGAUGAUGGCGGCAUAUUUGGCUUGGGGUACAAUCACCUGAUCAAGGAUUCCCAGUGGGAGCAGCAGGAGGCAAUCUUCCACAGCACUUAUCAGGAGUAUCUGGAGGCCGAGACUGAGAGCAAGGAUGAGAUCCCCAGACAUGCUACCUUUCAUUUUCUCCUGCCUAGCCGGAUCCUACAGGUGGGACCUGAAGUAAAACUACAGCCAGCUGUUCCAGCUGGCAUCAGUGUGCACUGGGAUGGAAGUCACAAUCUCUGCUUGUAUUCGCUUAACCGUCCACUCAAGGAGAAAGUGGAUGCUGAUCUGAAGCCUGAUGUUGUGUGGCCUUGUGCAGCUCCAAUUGCGAGCUCAGCUGUCAGUUCCUGCUCCAGGUACCUGGCAUUGGCGUGUGAAGAUGCAACAAUAACUAUUUGGGAUAAACACCUAGGAUACCCACUGACUGUGACCGCCCUUCUAAAGGAACAUGUCAUCCGUAGCAUGCACUUUCUGCAGAGUGCUGCAGCUGCCAGUGACCAGACACCUUACCCUGGUACAGAUCCUGCCUGUCCCACUGUGCAGCUUCUAGUGCUGUGUACAGAUGGGUCUCUCUACUUGGUGGCAGCACCCAGGGCCGGGAAGUCCAGCAUCACGCUCCUGGCAGACAGGCCUGAGGAUCCAAAACUCGCCAUCAGCACAGUGGCACCUUUCUUGGCCUUCCCCAGCGCAGCCCUGAUCUUCUCCUGGGAUGGCACAGUGUCCCUGAUGGACACUGCCACAUCACGCAUUGUUUGCUACUUCAAUACUCCACCGUCUCAUGCUGUAGCAUCCCCCUGGCAACCGGUGUUCACUGUGGAUACUGCAGAUCAGUGCCUGAUCCUUCGAGGAGAUAAGCAACAGCAGGCAAGUGUGUUGGCACAGAGGAGAGCAAGUCACAGCUCAAUCUUCUUUUUUAACUUCAACUCCUACCCGCUGAAGGAGGCUUUCCCAAGGGAACCGGCUUUGCCUCUUAGAUCCUUGCAGGACCUGCCAUGGAUUGAGAGAUGUAAUGUUUUCUUACGUGAUUGGCAGCAGAGCCUACUGGGAAUCAAGGAGCAGAUGCCUGAGUGCUGGAGCCGUCUACAGGCACAUGCAGCUGCCAUGGACAAGGAGCGAGAGGAGAAAGUGAGGGAACAGCAGAAGCCAUAGUCAGCCUUACAUCCUGAGGGCUAGACUAUCACAGUCUAGCCCUUUGUCUAGGGCUAUCACAGUCCUGCAGACCAGUGGCCCAGGACCGGCAUUUAAACACCGGCUCUGUGCAAGUCCUGCUGUUUUCCAGCCUGCAGCAACUUGUCAUCUGGAUUAGCUCCCUGCCUGCUACUCACACUUGCUGCUCUGCAAGGAGGAUCUGUGCCCUACUUUUCUUACCUAGCCGUCAGCCUGUUCCAGCAGGGAUCAGCUCUUCCUCAUCAGAGACAAACAACAUAUGGGAUAAUCUUGAGGUAGGAAAGGCCUCUCGCCAAAGUGGCAGGCCCAGCACUUAUGUGGUUAGGUUAAGUUAAGGAUUUGCUCUGUUUUUUUGAGUCUUCCCAAAGACCGGGAGCGUCAGCGCAGUACAGCGUGUUACAAUGCCCCUCGUUAAUAAAGC